CACGUAUGAGACCAAGUGCAAAGUGAGGAACCAACUUCGCUAACUUGCAGUGGCAAUGGGGGAUAUGAAGACCCCAGACUUUGAUGAUUUGCUGGCAGCGUUUGACAUUCCUGACAUUGAUGCCAAAGAGGCCAUUCAGUCCAGUCCAGACGAGGAACGGGAUGAGGCCCGGACUAAUGUGCAUGGGAGAGAGAGUGGAUCUCCUUCAAGGUUUGCCGACCCUCCUGCCCCUCAAAGUGAGCCUCCUGUGGUUAGUGUUAUUGUUAAGAACACAGUGCGGUCAGAGUCUUUUGAAGAGGAAGAGAAGUCUGCCAGGGAUAAAACAGACAAUCCUUCAAGCAGUGCCUUAGCCUCUCCUGUGCAGGUCAAGCUGGAUGAUAUCACCUCACAGCUUUGUCCCAGACUCCCCUCCGAGUCUGCCGUGGAGGGCGAGACGACUAAUGGCUUUGAGGAAUCUCCCUCCAGCCUGCAGGGACAGUCUAGCACAGAAGCAUGGCACCAGGCUUCACCUCUGAGGUCCACACUGAGUGAAAGUGACAGUGAAACCGAUAAAAGGCCUGAGCCUGGAUCUUCCCAGCAUGCGGUUGAUGUUAUGAACAGUUUAAGGCCCCUUCUCCACCUCAAGUCGCCAACCACUGGUGUUCCCACCCCAUUAUCUCCUCCUUCCCCAGCCUCUGUCAGUGAUCACCUUUCUCCUCACUCCCCUCAGCAGGAUGAAACCUGUCUCAGAGAUAAUACACUAUCAUCACCGUCACUACAAAAUGACAGCAUGGAAACCGGAAUCAAGCAUGUUAUGCACACAGAUGAAGAUGACUCAGAACCAGAGCUGGUGAUCCAGGAGAGCCCAGAAUCUGUAAUGGCCCCACCUCCUAAGUUUAAAUACAGAGCAAAAUUACCACCUACUUUUCUUGGGUCUCCUGAAAUGAGACCUUCUGAUCCUCCUAAGCUCACUUUUUCCACAAAACCUAAACCCCAACACGAGGAGGAUGGGCUGCCUACCACACCAAGCUCUCCACCCUCACCUCAAAGUUCCCAGGACCGCCUCCCACAUGUUAGCACCAGCUCUGCCUCAGUCCAAGAGGAGAAAUACCCAGAACAUGUGAUUGAUGAGAGGGAGUCGCCUGAGAGCCCACCACCCAGUGAGACAGGGUUUUUACUCCAAAAUAGAAGCAGCAGCAGCCCUGAUCCCGGCUCAACAGCAGCUCUAACUGCAAACCAUGACGAAUUCCACCAUCAGGAGGAGCACAUGGAGAGUGAGGACUGUCAGCAAGACAAGACGGGUAACAGUGAAGGAAUGGGUGAAAAGGUGGAUGGAGAUGGGGAAAAUUUAGACACAGAGAAGUGUGAUGCUGACACUGAGGAUGCUGCAAGCGCCACAGAGACGGUUUCACCUCCACUGCGACCACUCAAAGUUAAAAUCAAAAUGCCCACAGGCAGCAUCACAAGGACUGUCACUGGUGUGGCGCCUAAAAGAAGCGGAAGAGCCACCAGUAAGGGUGUGACUGCUCCAAAACCAUCACCACAGCGUCAUAACACAAGAGCCAAAAGGGAGUUACCGCAAGAAAGUCAGCUGACUGCAGUGGAGAUGCUGCAGGAUGCCUGUGCUGCCACACUAGAAGGCGCGAGUACAAUUAGAGAGAAAACCUCCGCUGACGCCAGGCCUAAAGUUUCCCCCACAGCAGUGAACAUCACAAAAACUGCAGCUCUGCCCUCUAUUACUACCUCCUCCUCCAGAGUCAGCGCGAGUACAGGCAACCUGCGCACCCUGGGCCAAAAAACUCUCAACAGUGGGGUGACACUACCUGCUUCUUUACCUCUGCUGCCCCCUCAAAGCAGCAGCAGGCCAGCAUCUAUAGUCAACAGCACUGGGGCCAUCAUAUCAAAGAGCCAGACCAACUUAGUGGAAGCCUUCAACAAAAUCCUGAAUAACAAGAACCUGCUGCCGAGUUAUAAACCAAAUCUGAGCGCCCCUCUUCCUGCAGAGUGGGGCAUUUCUCUACCUGCGCAGGGUUACCGGUGUCUGGAGUGCGGUGACGCCUUUGCCCUGGAGCAGAGUUUAGCACAGCACUACGACCGGCGCUCGCUCAGGAUCGAAGUGACCUGCAAUCACUGCGCCAAACGGCUGGCCUUCUUCAACAAGUGCAGCUUGCUGUUACACGCCAGAGAGCACAAGGACAGAGGCCUGAUCAUGCAGUGUUCACACUUGGUCAUGAAACCAGUACCUGUGGAUCAGAUGAUCAGCCAGCAGGAACCAACAGCAGCUGGCCAGACCAACCCAAAGGCAGCACCCCAGGCACAUCAAGCAGUAGCUAAGAAAGCAGAAGCAGUGCAGUACACAGGUAACAAAUGUCCUGAGUGUCAGGCUCAGUUCUGCAGCAAAGAAGAGGUAGCUGAACAUUUCCAGGAAAUCAAGCCAGCACAGAGCACCUCGUGCUCCGAGUGCUCGCCUCCCAUGCUGCUACCCAACAGCUGCAGUGCAGCAGCUCAUCAGCGCAUCCAUCAAGGCUCCUCUCCACAUGUGUGUCCAGAGUGUGGGGGCACAGCCAAACAGGCACAGUUCAAAAUGCAUGUGGACGAGACCUGCUUGCACUUUUCCCGCCGUAUUGGCUACAGAUGUUCUAGCUGCCUGGUGGUGUUUGGAGGUCUGAACUCGGUGAAGUCUCACAUCCAGCAGGCUCACUGCGACAUGUUCCAUAAGUGUCCCAGCUGCCCCAUGGCUUUCAAAUCUGCCCCCAGCAUUCAGAACCACAUCACUGCCCAGCAUCCGGGGCUCCCUGAAGGACAGCCAAUGCUGAUCUAUAAGUGUGUCAUGUGUGACACAGUGUUUACCCACAAACCCCUGCUGCAUGCCCACUUUGACACUCAUUUAACCAAUCAAAAGGUCCACGUGUUUAAAUGCCCCGCAUGCACCAAGCUGUUUUCUCAGAGGAACUCCCUGCUGGACCAUUUCAAGACCCACAAGACUCCCAAAUCAAAAGGAGAGCUACCUUUGCUUACAGGUGGUGCUUCUCUGAAAUUAGAGAGCUCUGAUGGAGAUGAAUGGAUGCGUAAAGACAAAGAAGAGAAGGUGAAGCCAGAAAAGAUGAAGACCCCUUCAGGGUGGAGGUGUUCAUCUUGUAACACGCGCUACACGGACCGGGAGGACUAUAUUACCCAUAUGGGUGAACUGCACGGCAAGAUUUUGAAGAAGUUUCCCUGCAACAAAUGUGAGAGCUCCUUCACAACCACCUCCAGUCUGAGGCGUCACAUCAGAGAUAAGCACAAAGCCAUGAACCGCAGCUUUCGCUGCCAGUUUUGCACUGAAGGUAAGAAAACCUUCAGCAGCAGAACGAUGUUGGAGAGGCACCUUCAGCUGAGGCACAGCACAGAAACUGCGAGCCAGAAAACCACAAUGAGUGGUGAAGAUGAAGCUGACAGUUCAUCGGAACAGGACAGCAGUUUGGGGGCUCGCAAGAGACGGAGAGGAGCCGUGAAGGUGGAGCAGAAUGAAGAGUCCACAGACAGAGUUAGUCCGGGGAAGAAGCUACGGUCCUCUUCCUCCUCAGCUCUCGCUCCGUCCUCUCUUCCGGAGUCUGGGUUUCGAUGUGCUGUCUGCGGCUUCACCUCAGAGGAGCAGGUGGCGUUCCUGGAGCACAUCAGCCAGCACAGGCGCGGAGGCACGGACGACGGCGGCCUGCAGUGUCUCCAGUGUGGCGCCUGCUUCACAUCCACCUUCUCACUGUCACGCCAUCGCUUCAUCACCCACAAAGUGAGAGAUGUGCUCAAUGACAACCAACAAGCACCCAGUGUGCACCCGUCACCCUCCGUUGGAAAUAGUAGGCACCACGAGGAUAAGAGUUCUCUGAAUGGCUCUGCACCAGCAUCACCCUCCACUCAGCCCUCCACAGGAGAGGGGAAAGAGGAGGAGGGAGCACUGGCCUGUAAGGUGUGUGGUAAACACUUUGAAAAGGUCACAGAUCUGAAUACACACUUCAGAACUCAUGGUAUGGCUUUUAUCAAUGCGAGGAACGCAGGAAAAACGAUCUGAGAUGGCAAACAUGAAGAAUAUGUCAUGAUUAAGAGUACUCACAAGUGCCUUUCUGUUACCGAGUACCGGUUAAAGUGCGAGUUCUGCUCUGAUUUUACCAAGGAUUACCAAUAUAGUCUGAAAAUGUGAAAUGUUCAGAUGCGAUUCUCAUUGUUCCAGACGAGCUUUUGUGACACUCAGGAUCUAAUGCUGUGCUUCUGUGUUUAGUUAAUGUAAUGAAAUUAGAGUUUAAUCUGUUUCCCUCACAAUCAUGUGCCUGCAGAGGCCGGUGAACACUGUUCUAACCGUGCUGUGAUAACGAUGGCCAUUUAAUGAAUAUGCUUUUUUUUUUAAAUUUCAAUACUUUCCUCCUACUUUGGAGGUUUUUCUUCUUCUGUAAAAUCUUUUUUUUUCUUUGUAAUGCAUUUUUUUUUUUUUUUUUUUAGCAAAUUGUUGCAGUGAUUUUGAUGCGUUUCUUUGAAUUUAUUGCCAGUCAUUCUCCAAAGCAUGCUGUCUCUUUCACUUCAUUCCCAGCUUAAACUGCAGCCGCUGGCUUCUCUACAUUUUAGUUUCAAUUUACAGAUACUUAAAUUUUGCUUUUCUUGACUAUUUUCACUGACAAUUUCUGUACUGAGCUGAAAUGGAAAAGUACACGUUUGUACUUUUAGAAGAUUCCCCCUGAAUUUUGCUUUGAGUCACACUGCUGAAACUUUUUCAUUAGCUUUUGCUUAACUUUGCAAUAUAUGCUUGCAUAUAGUGGAAUAAUGGUGGUGUUAUCACUGAAUGAAAGCAGCAAAAAUUACAGCCAUCAAUGCUUUACUGCAUAUGUGCAAUAAAGCAUUGGUGCUUUGGGAUUAGUUUGGAAAAAAAAAUCUUACUUAACUUAAAAUAAUGUACACUUAAAGGCCACAUAUUUUUACCGUUAUUGAUAUUAACCUUGAAGUCUUUACACAUUUAGAUGCAUAUUGCACUGAAAUAAAUGCGGACCAAAAAUUUCUGGAAAUUUUUCUAAGAACUUUUGAUUAUGCUUUGGAAAAUGUUAAGCAAUAAUCUGACUCGCAGACACACUAUUUGUAGGGGUGCAACUUUAUGAUGCAUUGAAAUCAACGUUUAAUUCCUUAUAAAUUGAAUGUAUUUAUAUCAGAUUCAGUAAUUUAUUCAGUGAGCAAGAGGUGGAAAGUGAAAUUGUUAUUUUUUUUGGUAUGCAGGCCAUAUGUUUACCUAAAUCUUGCUUUAUGGAAUUACUGUAAAUGGAAGAUUGUUAUAUAUGUAUUUUGUCUAAAGUCUUUGGAACUGCUAAAAGAUUAAAACUAUUGUUCCCCAUAACCGACUACACGUUCUCUCAUGGUUCUUUCACCUAUAGGUGUCAACGUAGCAUCCUCAUCAGCGCAGAGAAACUGCAAAAUCAAACAUGUUUAACACAAGUGUUCUAAAAAGAUCUGAAAGGAGGAAUAAGUGCCAGUUUGAUCGAGACACCUGAUUUUCCUGUUUAGAGAAAAGAAGAAAAAACCCUUAUCACCCCAUUUAGAGGAUGUUUAUUCAGUACAGAUGUAAUGCAGAUUUAUUAUUUUGGUAGCUCAACAAAUGUUGCACCUCCUCAGGUUUUGUCACUACUGAAGAAUGCUCUCAAUAAAUUUAAUCCUACCUUAAUCAAAUAGAGUUCACGGCUGAGGUUUGUA